CGUUGCAGCGAGUCCACUCGAUGAUCUAUGCUUCAUUCGCAGUUCCACGCAGAUUGACCUUCUUCCCCGUCGCUACUGUGCUGCACUUCAGCACUUGCAUCGCCGGUGUCUGAUGUGACCUUCUCUUUGCAACGACAUCUCCACCUCAGAUCGAUCCUGAUAGAUUCACACAAUUAACCGAGCUAGCAACUCCUGCUAACCAUGGAGGCGGCUGUGGUGAGCGCCGUGACGGGGGCCCUCAAACCCGUCGUGGAGAAGCUGUCCGCUCUGCUUGGCGACAAGUACAAGCGUUUCAAGGGGGUGCGCAAGGAUAUCAAGUCCCUCACUCAUGAACUCGCUGCCAUUGAUGCAUUUCUCAUGAAGAUGUCGGAGGAGGGGGAUCCUGACGUGCAGGAUAAAGUUUGGAUGAAUGAGGUGCGGGAGCUGUCCUAUGACAUGGAGGACUGCAUCGACGACUUCAUGCUAAGUGUCGAUGACAAGGACGCUAAGCCAGACGGCUUCAUCGAGAAGAUGAAGCACUCGCUAGGGAAGUUGGGCAAGAUGAAGGCUCGCCGUCGAAUUGGUAACCAGAUCCAUGAUUUGAAGAAACAGAUCACUGACGUGGCCUGCAGGAAUCAAAGGUACAAGACUCACCAAGCCUAUGCCAGCACCAAAAAUGCAACCGUCGUCGACCCUAGGUCUCUUGCAAUUUUUGUGCAUGCCUCAAAGCUGGUCGGAAUCGAUGAACCCAAGGCUGAGAUAAUCAAACUUUUGAUAGAAGAAGAUAAACAUGCACCAAUGCAACAACAACCGAAGAUAGUCUCAGUUGUUGGGCCCGGAGGUAUGGGCAAAACUACUAUUGCAAACCAAGUGUAUCAAGAGCUCAAUGGGCAGUUCAAGUGCCGGGCCUUCUUAUCUGUGUCAAGAAAUCCAAACAUGAUAAACAUACUGAGAACUAUUCUAAGUCAAGUUAGCAACCAAUGUUAUGGUAACACAGAAGAAGGUAGUGUGCAACAACUCAUUAUGAACAUCAACCAAUUCCUACUAGACAAAAGGUAUUUUGUUGUCAUUGAUGAUAUAUGGGAUGUGGAUACAUGGGAUGUUAUUAAGCAUGCAUUCCCCAUGAACAAUUGUAGCAGUAGAGUAAUCACCACUACUCGUAUAAUUGAUGUUGCAGAAACAUGUCGAUCAUCAUUCAAUGGCCAUGUUUAUAAUAUAAGGCCUCUGGAUAUAGUGCGCUCAAGGCAGUUAUUUCGCAAAAGGCUAUUCAACUCCGAAGAAAAUUGCCCUUCAUACCUUGAAGACAUUUCUGAUCAAAUUUUGGAAAAAUGUGCUGGGUUACCUUUGGCCAUAAUUGCUAUAUCUGGUUUGCUGGCUAACACAGAAAGAAGGGAAGAUCUAUGGGAUCAAGUGAAAGAUUCAAUUGGUCGUGCACUUGUAAGAAAUCACAUCAUUGAAGGAAUGAUGAAGAUAUUGUCACUUAGUUACUUUGAUCUUCCUCAUCAUCUGAAAACUUGUCUCCUAUAUGUAAGUAUAUGGCCGGAAGAUUCCAUUAUUAGGAAGAAGGAUCUAAUAAGGAGGUGGAUUGCUGAAGGAAUUAUUCACAAAGAAGGCAGCUAUACAACACACUAG